AUGGAUAAAAAUGAAGAAGAUGAACCUUCAUCCUCUCGAGUACCCGGUCCUCAUGAAGAGGAUGAGUCUGACCCAACCUCACAACAACCUCCAAGAGGAUGGCGAACAGUCACACAUCAUCCUCUAGAUCUAAUCAUUGGGAAUACUGAAGAUGGUGUUAGAACCAGAAAUUCUCUAAGGGAAAACACUACCAUAAUGGCCAUGAUAUCACAAGUCGAACCCAAAACGAUUGAUCAAGCUAUUGCUGCUCAAUGUUGCUCACAACUACUAUGGAUAAAGAAUCAACUAGAGGAUUACUCAUUAAGCAAAAAGGUUACUCAGGACUCUACUGUUCACGUGGUUGAUUCAGACGAUUCCAAAGGAAAUACCUCAGCUAAAUCGAUCCCUAAAUCAUCUUCCAAACCUUCAACUCCGAAAAGGUCAAAAACUAAAUCAACUAAACAGAGUAAACCUACUCCAAAGAAAUUUCGUUCAUCCAAAACAACUCAUGUUCCUAUUUUUGACUCCACAGAUUCGGAGACAAAUUAUACCUCAAAAUGGAUAAAUAAAUCUAGUAAUGAACCACAAUACUCACGGCUGGUAAAGGCAUUCUAUGCUGCAUGCCAUGACUGUAAAGGAAGCCCUGGUUUCAGUUUUGUACUUAAAGGAGUACACUUGGAAGUAAACCCCACUACAUUAUGCAAAAUCCUUGACAUACAAGAUGCUGGAGCCCGCUAUUUUGCUGAAACUUGGUAUAUGCAAUAUAUGAUCACUCGAACUUCCGUUCUUCAAACUAUCCUGAUAAAUCCUCGUAAACCUCUCGUAGUCUCAAACCUUCCUCCUAUGUGUCAGAUUUUUCACAACAUCUGUGUUCACUCGAUAGUGCCUCGAGCUGGGAGCUUUGAAAAGGUAACAGAACUUGAUAUUUUGAUUAUUCAUCAUCUGUUGACUGGAACACCCCUUCAUUUGAGCAAUAUCAUAUUUAGCUACAUGUUGAAUGCUGCCAUUGUGGGUCGAUCAGCUCCCUAUGGGAUGAUCUUGACCAAAGUCUUUAAGUUCUUUAAGGUACCUCUUGAUGAUGAAGAGAGUAUUCAGUGCAAUAACUUAUUUUCUAUGAAAAAUAUCAAAUAA